AUGGGGCGCCCACCGGCGUACCUGUUCGUGGUGAGACACGGGUACCGGCUAGAUGCUGCCGACAAGCAGUGGCAUCUCUCAUCGCCGGCUCCUUACGACCCACCUCUCACUUACAGCGGUUGGCAGCAAUGCAAGAAUCUGGGUGGCCGAAUUGCCUCGAUUCUUCAGGAAAGAGUAAAGGGAGACGAGCUUGAGGCGAGGAUGAACCCAGAUCCAAACAGGAAGCGAAAACGGUACAAGGUGGUCUUGCACAGUUCGCCGUUUCUUCGAUGCAUCCAGACUUCAAUCGCUAUCGGCGCGGGACUGGCACAGGACUCGACCCCCUUUGGACCUCCCGAUCUGGACUCGAGGCCGCCCACUCCCCCUCCCGCACUCGAGGGACGACCACGGCCACCAAAUAUCAUUACUGACCCGCCACAGAAACCUGUCAAAAUUCGAAAGUCUGUUUUACGACUGGACGCAUUCCUUGGAGAAUGGCUUUCGCCCACUUACUUCGAACUCAUCACCCCACCCCCCGAGUCUGUUAUGAUGCUUGCUUCUGCCAAGUCAGAGCUCCUUAGACGGGAAGACUAUAGUCACUACCCACCCUUCAGUGGCCAUCACCAUUCCAAUUCCCAAGGUCACCUCUGGAGUCCGACAGGUCGACCAAGCCCGGCUUCACCACCUAGUGACGGAGGAUAUGAUAGCCUUGGGAGCAUGGUUACCCUGAGUAACGCUUUGCCUAGGAGUCCCAGCAUCGGCAGCCAGAGUAGCAUAACGAGCAGCCUGAGCACGAGACCCUCUACUCCUAAAAUCGAGCUCGGCGUCCACGGAUACGUGUCGCCGGUGCCACACUACGCUGUUAGCAACAACAACACGAUCCCACCAGGCUAUGUGGCUCAUGCCAAGGAUGCGUGUGUAAAGGUUGACUACCAAUGGGACUCCAGAGGACCCCCUCUGGACUGGGGUGAUGGUGGAAGCUUUCCGGAGGAGUGGGCCAGCAUGCACAAGAGGUUCCGCAGUGGCGUCCAGAAGCUGGUUAACUGGUAUACGACGGCGGAACAUCCCACAGAAAUGGUGACGAAGUUUGCUUUUCAGCCUGUUAGGAGAGGAUCGGAUGGCGUCGACUCUGAAGAUGAUGAUGUCGAGACGGAGGCGGUUGUCAUCAUGGUGUCUCAUGGUGCCGGCUGCAAUGCUCUGAUCGGGGCGAUUACUCAUCAGCCUGUGCUCAUGGACGUCGGCAUGGCCUCCUUGACCAUGGCUGUACGGAAGCCCGAGGUUCAUGAUGUCGACACUACCAACGUCAACGACCUGCCGCCUGUACAUCAUUUGUAUGACCUCAAGUUGUUUGCGAACAGUGAUCACAUUAGAUCGCCGCCUACAACACCCAACCCUUCCCGAUCUCCCUCGGUCUCGGUGGCCAGUGUUUUGAACGGUCCUCGAGGGCGGCACAUGUCGUUUUCUUCAACUUUGAGCCACUUUUCCUGGAACGACAACAACAAUUCCCGUGGGUCGUCGGCAAAUAUGGCUCUGAAUGGGCUUAGAAGGACCACUUCGAACACAUACAGCAGCACACCAACAACUGCCAGCAAGCUCUCUUAUGGUAUCAGCAGCGGAGGAGGCAUUACUGUUGGGAGUGGCGUCACUUCUUUCACGGCAAACAAGGGGUCGACCUUUGGGCAUAGGCCGUCGAUCGGUCUCUGGUCUCCAAUCUCUUCUCAGCCGGAGGAGGACGAAGAUGACGAUUUCUUGUUGCCCAACUUUGGCGAUGCGGACCGGAAGCCAGCUUCGUCCGAGACGCUAGAGCAGGUGGAUGGUGCAGCAACCCCUACCCCUGUUCCUGGCACUACCAAUAACCUGGAUUCGUUCAACCUCUCUGUUAGUCCUAGAGGGACUACCGAAAGGAUCCCCACCCCGUCAUUUUCUCCCGUCACGACUCCCAAGGCGGAAUCGUCGGAGCAGCUCGGGGAUGGGCCUGGCGGGCUGUGGGGUGGCAACGGACCCAGGCCCCCUGAGGAUGCAGAUCGGUUGAGAGAUACCAGCUGUACAAAGAGACGGUGGACUGUCACUGAGCGGAGUUGA